CACAGAAACUAUGUGUUUAACACAGAAUUGAACAGAAAUGUUAACCAAAAUUGUAACUAAAUUUAAAUUUCGACACAAAUUCCGUGAAAUAUACAACUUUCACCGGAAUUUAUGUACGGCCACUGACCAAAGCAAACCGGCCGUAAUUUUAGGCAUUGAAACAUCAUGCGAUGAUACCGGUUGCGCUAUUGUUGAUAAUAAUGGACACAUUUUGGGCGAAAGCAAACAUUCACAGCUUCAAUUUCAUCUCAGGAAUGGCGGUAUAAAUCCAAAUUUUGCACAAGAGCUACAUCGACUUCACAUUGAAAAUGUGGUGACCGAGGCAUUGCAAGGGGCAAAUUUUACGGUGAAUGAUGUGGAUGGGAUUGCUGUGACAAAUCGCCCAGGUAUCGAGCGAUCACUCAUAAUUGGGAUGCGGUAUGCGAAGCACUUGGCGCGGAAAUACUCCAA